CACUACGCAUUUUAGUUAACGACUGCGACUCCCGCUGCCCCUUCUCUUCCCUCUCUCCGACUAACUAAUUUUUCCUCCCUCCCUCCCUCCCAUCCAUUUUGCGAUCUCAUUUCGCCUGCGCUUUUCACUUUUCUCCUCGAAACUCGUCGGCGAUGGAGCCUCGAGGCGAUCGGCGAACGGACAAUCUGUCGGAUGAUCAUCGCGCUCGGGAACGAUCGUCCAAGCAACUCAAGGCGUCUCCUACCCCCGUCGAUACUGUUUCCGUAACGCAGAGGUUGCAGAAGGAGCUCAUGGCUUUAAUGAUGACAGGAGGAGACCUUGAUGUAUCUGCUUUCCCUGAAGGGGAGAGCAUCUUUACUUGGAUUGGCACUAUUGAAGGUGGAAAAGGAACAAUGUAUGAGGGUCUAUUGUACAAACUCUCUUUGCACUUUCCCCUUGAUUAUCCUUUCAAGCCACCUCAAGUAAAGUUUGAGACAAUGUGCUUCCACCCAAAUGUUGACCAGUACGGAAAUAUUUGUUUAGAUAUCCUUCAGGACAAAUGGUCUUCAGCUUAUGAUUGCAGAACCAUUCUUCUCUCCAUCCAGAGUUUAUUAGGAGAACCAAACACUGAAAGUUGAGAUAUGCACAUUUCUUUAGAGUUUAGACAAGGUAUGGGUUGUACAGUUGAAGGAGAUGAUUAAUAAUUAUGAUGGAUGUAAUAUUUUAAGGAAUAUAUAACUUCAGAUUGGAAUGCUGCAAAAAGUUGGUGGCAGAUUGCUUGUAACUUACUCAUCUAGUAUGCAAAUUAUGGUUUUUGUUGCAUGGGACAUUAUUAAUUAAUUGUUUGUUCUUAGCUUAAAAUUGAGUGAAAUAUGUAUUUACAUUACACAAAGCAUGCAUGUGCUUAUUUCAGUUCCAUCAAGUCUCUAGAGCUAGAUAAUUGCUGCUGUUUCGAGAAUUGCAUGCCAAUGGUGUCAAGAGCUUAGUCUACAUAUCUUUGCAGUGUAAUGCCUUCUUAAACCUUUUGUUGCAGAGUACAGAAAGAUGGUGCGGAAGCAUUACAUGGCCGGAGAAGCAUUUGAUAGCUAAGAAAAGUCAUUUCAGCACAAUGUUGUUGGAAACAAGAAAUUCCUAAUGAUUGUAGCAACAAAAGAAAAGAAGACAAAGUUCCGAUGAUGCAGGAGAAGCAAAAGCAGAAGUUUGGUCGAUCCUGGAGACCCAUCAGAGAACACAACUGACUUUCAUCGUGUAAUCGUUCUGUCUUUCCUGCUCUCACUAUUCGUUUGUGUACCAUGAUUUUUUCCAUAGAUAAAUCCUGUCAAUAAUUUCAUUGUUGAGCAUCUAGUUAAACCUAAAACUAUUGCUUUAUGUAGAUUGGGGAUUUGGAUCACUUUCCACUGUU